CCCGGCCUCCCGUCUGCACCCCCCGGCCAGGCGCAGGGCCGGCAGCAGGCCAAUGGCCAUGUGUCUCAGGACCAAGAGGAGCCCGUCUACCUGGAGCGCACGGCCGGAGCUCCUGCUGAGGACGAGACCCAGUCCGUCGACUCAGAGGACAGCUUUGUCCCAGGCCGGAGGGCUUCGCUGUCUGACCUGACCGACUUGGAGGACAUCGAAGGUCUCACUGUGCGACAGCUCAAGGAGAUCCUGGCUCGCAACUUCGUCAACUACAAGGGCUGCUGUGAGAAGUGGGAACUGAUGGAGAGGGUGACACGGCUGUACAAGGACCAGAAGGGACUCCAGCACCUGGUGUGCAGUGCUGAAGACCAAAACGGGGGAGCAGUGCCGUGCAGCCUGGAGGAGAACCUGUGUCGGAUCUGCAUGGACUCGCCCAUCGACUGUGUUCUGCUGGAGUGCGGCCACAUGGUCACCUGUACCAAGUGCGGCAAGCGCAUGAACGAGUGCCCCAUCUGCCGGCAGUACGUGAUCCGAGCCGUGCACGUCUUCCGGUCCUGAGGGCUCGCGUGGGCUUCUGCAGUGCCUUAGGGGACAGAGCUCCAGGUGUCUGGGCCCACGGUGGGCCGGCUUGCAGACGGGCAAGCUAACCAGAAAAUGUGCAGUGUUCCCAAGACCAGGGCGAGCAAAGAUGCUGUGUCACCUCUUGGGCAUGCCUGUCUUGCUUCAGAGGUACACCGUGCAGCUGGCCGAGCCCCAGGCCAGUGGAAACUGGUACAGAUCGCACAGGCCAGUCCCUGUUUCAGUGAUCUUGGGGUGACGAUGGUAACUGAUGGAGAGGACUUUCCAGAAUUUCGACCACAUCUUCCUCCCUUCCUCUGCGAACCUAAACAGUCUCACCCUUCCUCCUGUAGCCCGCCCACCCCCCCGAGCGGCGUGCCUCUGUUUCACCCACCAGGAGUCCUGGUGGGGACGGCUCUCUUCCUCCCCGGCACACCUGGAUUCAUUUCUGGUCUCUCUGGCUCUCUGUGCUUUAACCGACCUUUGCUAAAGUCUCUUGAUACCUUAACCUAAAAUCCAUUUGUUUCUUUAGACCAAAAAGAUGGUAGCUUACCAGGCCAACAGUGAUCCUCCUAGGGACAGAAAUUUGGACCAGUAAACUUACUUCUGGUGAGAAAUGAAACGCAAAUGCGAUUGGAAAACUUUAAGUCAUUAAGAGUUGCUUCCUGAAGUGCUGGGUUGGGAAGCUCUCCCUCUCCUGAGCUGACCUUGGGAGUCAGCAAAGCAUCUGGCUUUCAGACUGGUGGGAGAUUCCAGUCUGUGAAAGACAGUACGUGGGUCACCUCUGCUGCUUCUCCUGGGGUCUGACUUUGUGCCAUCCUGUUUUAGUUGAUGAGGAAAAGGGAAAGCGUUGGGUGGAAGCAGUGGCUCUCUGCUUGGCUUUGACUUCUCCAGCAGACAGCCUUAAACCAUUUUCCCCUGAGUACGAGGUCCCUCUUGCCCAUGGAGGUUUUAAACAUGGUCUCACUUGAAGGUCUCACUGAAGAGACUUAGGCAAAGGGCCUAUUCUACUCCAGUCAGACAAGCAUGUAAGACUGAGCACUCAGAGGUAUCAACCCUUGAGCAGACAGCUGCCCAUGUCUGUUCUCCAGGUUGGGAGGGACUCCCGAAUCCCAUUUCCUUUCUCACCCUGCUGAUUUAGGGGCAGGUCAAGAAGCAGCAUUCCCUUGGCUCUUUAGGAAGGGCCGUGCAAUGAGUGAGUGUUGUUCUUGAGCCCUCUCAGGGUCUCUUCACCACUGCAAGAGCUCAAGUUUGUUGGAGAAGCUUAGCCAAGCCCAAACAUACAUUCUGUGCACUAUCAGAAGAGCUGCGUGCGCCGCCAUUACCGUUGGAUGAGCUAUGCAAACCCUCAGACAGCCGAGGGCUUUGGCAGUCACCCCUAUUCCCACCCCGUGCAGCUGAGAUCUCUCAGACCAGAAGAACCAAUCACGACUUUGGAAAGCAGUGGGAAACCUGUAAGGGCACCUGUUGGUUGGUACAGGAUAUACUUAAUGCUUUCUCUCCAUCAAGCACUAAACCACUGACCUUGACAUUAUACCAAGUCCUAGAUAGUUUGAUUUUGGGCUACAGCCUUUGUAGGAACUGGGGGGAACGGAGAUUUCCCUGUAAAGACACCAUCUUUCUGCUGGACAGUAAAUACUAUAGUUUACGGUGCCUACCAGUUUAACAAAGAAUUCAGCUACUCCUUAGUUCCACUGUGAAACAGGUCUGCACAUAGCAGCUCAGCUACAACCUAGCAAUAACUUCAGGGCGGAAGCUGGCUGUUUCCCUGCUUAAAACUUCCUUUCUCUGCUGAGGCCUUACCACUCCCUACCUCCCAGUUUCCCUAUUAGACGUGAGUUAACAAUAUCUUGAUGGUUGGUUUGUAACCUCAGUAAGAGUCAGAACUGAUGUCAUUGACUCAUCUUGGAGAAAGAACUUGCCUUUAAGUCUUCUAAUCCCUUUUGGUGAAGGUUUCCAUUUAGGAGAAAAGGUGUUAAAACAACCUAACCCUAAGUGCGCCCCCCCCCCCCCCCGCCCGCUUUGUAUAUCUUCUUUAUUACUACACCAAAUAAAGGCUGGGAAUUCUUAAGAUCCCAUUUCAGUUACUAUCUAACUUAAGUAGCAAACUUGAUUUUUAUCCUUGGAUACUCUCUUCUGCCCCUCAUGGAUCCUUGGUCUUAAUUACCAUGGAAACAUCUAAUUCUUCCAUUAUCCCAUGGCUUUCGCUGAUUGUUCUGAGAUUUCAGUUGUGACUUGUUUUAAAAGACAGGACAGCUGACUGGCUCAUAAUACAUUGGAAUAGCUGGAUCCAAACGAGAAAGAAUAAGCUGUACAGGAAUUAGUGCUCAAUGUAUAUUGUACAAAUUUGUUGAAAUCUUUUGGACGUGAAUGUGUUAUUUCAAGUGGCUUAUAUUAAGAUUUUCUCAGACUUACUUGGGUGUUAGACCAAACCCAAAUGUGUAUUUUUUGUUACAGAGCUCUGCUUUAUAAUUUUGUAAUAAAGUUUCAACAUAGA